AGUCCAGCUAGAGUGCGAAGAAGACAACAGACUCACAAGUCUCUCUCUAUCUCUAUCUCUCUCUGUAUAUUCGUAUAACAAGCACUCAUCUCUCAAUCUCUCUGUAAAACCUCCCAUUUUUAACUCUCACCCUUCAUUCCCAAUCUUCUCCUCAUUCACAUCCCAUGUCUUCACCUCCCUACCCACUUCUUCCGGUCACUUUUCCGGCACCGGAGCCACCGCUUCACCACCAUCACCACUCUCCCGUUAUCCCAUCAGUCGCUGCAGCUCUGACAUCUCUCGGAUUAUUAAUCCUAUGCGCAAUUAUAUAUCGUAAACUUUCAAGUAAAAAAACUGCCCCAGCAGAUCUAAAAACCCCACAUCCAUUUACUUAUGCUACUUUGAAAAGAGCUACUAGUUCGUUUUCUUUGUCGAAUAGAUUAGGGCAAGGCGGGUUUGGUUCUGUUUAUAAAGGAGUGCUUCCUUCUGGUUUGCAGGUAGCGGUGAAGCAGAUGGAUGCUUCCGGCUCGCUGCAAGGCGAGAGAGAGUUUCAUAAUGAACUCUCGCUCGCAUCAAGAAUUGAUACUACAUGUUGUCCGCAUGUAGUAUCAAUUCUUGGAUUCUCUUCUGAGCAGCAGCGGAUUAGGAGUCGGUCUCAGAAGAGUCGGUCUCAGAAGAGAAAAUUGUUGCUGGUUUAUGAGUACAUGCAAAAUGGUAGUUUGCAGGAUGCUUUGUUGUAUCGAAAGUGUUGUGAGUUAAUGAAUUGGAAUGUGAGGUUUAGGAUUAUUGUUGAUAUUGCUAAAGGGAUUGAGUAUCUUCAUUCUUGUUGUGAUCCGCCGAUAGUUCAUGGUGAUAUUAAGCCGUCUAAUGUGUUGUUGGAUUGUGAUUUUAAUGCUAAGAUUGCGGAUUUUGGGUUGGCUAAGGUUUUGGGGCAAGAUGAGAUUGUGGAAACUUUUAUUGAAUGUGGGGAGGUAGAGGAGGGAUUGGAUAAGGGGAAAAGUAGAGAGAAUGGGAGUGGAUUCGGGGAAGAUAAUGGAUCUAUAGUUGAGGAGACGGAGAGUGUGAUGACGGAGGAAGUAGUUGUGAAUGUGGAUCAGUCACCGGAGAGUUUUGUUAGAGUGUUGGAUGUGGAGGCCUCGCCAUCGGAAGGUUUGGAGAAGGGGAGUGUAUCAGAGAGUUGUUUGGAUAGAAUUAGUGUUGAUAGUGGUAAUAGAAGGGCGAUUGGGAGGAAGAAGAGUGGUUCUGGGAGGGAUUGGUGGUGGAAACAGGAUAACAGUGGUUGUGGAUCGGAGUCUGGGAGGGUGAAGGAUUAUGUGAUGGAGUGGAUUGGGAGUGAAAUCAAGAAAGAGAGACCUAAAAAGGAUUGGAUUGCAACUCCAAGUUCAGUAGAAGAUGACAGCAGUAAAUUGGAGCAGAAGAAGAAUGGUAAGAAACUGGAAUGGUGGGGUUCUUUAGAUGAGGAGAGAAUUAAAAGGGAUAGGAAGAAUAGGAAGCCAAGGGAAUGGUGGAAGGAAGAAUUUUGCGAGGAAUUGAGCAAGAAGAAAAAGAAAAUGAAGAAAAAGAAAGGGCUUAGCUCGGGAUGUGGCGGUGAAUCAUGGUGGCAAAAGGAUGAGGAAUUUGUUCCAGAGAAAAAGAAGAGGAAGAGCAGGGGAAGUAGAGGUAGCAUGGAUUGGUGGUUAGAUGGAUUCAGCAUGGAGUUUCGGAAUGGUAGGAGAAAUAGCCAAGAUUUUGCAAGUGGAGAUAUCCCUAAAAGUGGUGGAAUCAGUAGUACUCCUAGUAUGAGAGGGACUGUGUGUUACAUUGCUCCGGAGUAUGGUGGCGGUGGGCAGCUUUCAGAAAAGUGUGAUGUAUAUAGCUUUGGUGUUCUUUUGUUGGUUCUAGUUUCAGGCAGAAGGCCACUGCAAGUAACUGCCUCGCCUAUGUCAGAAUUCGAGAGGGCCAAUCUUAUAUCAUGGGCUAGACAAUUGGCUCGUAAUGGGAAGUUAUUGGAUCUUGUUGAUGUUAAUAUUAAGUCACUAGAUGCAGAGCAGGCAUUACUCUGCAUCACAAUUGCUCUUCUUUGCCUACAAAGAUCGGCCAACAAGCGUCCUACUAUGAAAGAAAUUGUUGGGAUGCUGAUCGGAGAGUCUGAAGCGCCUCAUUUGCCGUUUGAGUUUUCUCCAUCACCGCCAUCAAAUUUCCCUUUCAAGUCCAGGAAAAAGGCCCGGUGAGUUGAUCAGGCAAUAUAUGUACAAAUUUAUUAACACUAGGAGAGUUUUUACUCCAGUUUAGGCCUUGCUCAUUGUAGGAAAAGCUAAAAUGAAACAGAAAGCUCUUCAGUUCAGCUUUCAUUUGAUUGUUUGCAAUGUUAAACUUUUUGACUGGUGAUAAUUAAAGCAUAAAGUUUCCUUUA